AGCAGAGGGCUGAAGUCAUCAGCGGGCCGGCAAGAGGGGAGUGAAUGGGUCCCGCACGCAAAACUGCGGAGGUUUACUUUGGUUCAGUUGCCUGCCGCCGACUGCGAGCGAGAGAGGAGGUGUGUGUUUGACAGCCUAAAGAACUAUGAAACAUUUAACUUAGGAAAUGAUUUUGUAGUUAUUCGUGUUGGUUCGUGGUGUGGUGGCGUUUUUCCUUUUGCGCUCCAGCUGAUGCUGAGAUGAAGCCGAGACCCUCGGUGCGUAUGGCACAUUAGUGUAUCCACACACCGGGACGCACGGCGCACCUCCGCCGAGAAACACGGACAGAGGGGGAGACAGGUCACUUUGGAGUUCUACAAAUGGAUAUGUAUCUCAAACUUUUUGAGAGUCGUGUCAAUCGUAACCAAUAAUUCUAUUUAUCUUUUGACCACCACUAAUGUUUGAUUCUGCUCUCCUCCUGCGCGCAACGGAUGAAAGUCGAGCUUUUUGCUGUCUUUGCUGUUUUUUCUUUUUUGGAGGGAAUGCUCUUUAUCACAGCACGGAUAACGGAUCCCUGACUCAGUCUGGCUUUCUUGGCGCAUAUGAAGACCCUCUCCAGGAUGUUACAGUCUCAGCGGCCCAGGCAUCAUUGGGCCACCGUACACUACCAUCACCACAUAUCACCACAUAGCUGGGGGUCCUGCUGUGUCUAGGAAUUAUCUACCCUCCACCUUCUGCCACCGUCUGGGGGAAGAAAGCGGAAUCUUAUCCAAUAAGUGAUUUGGUGAACAUUGACAUUGGCUUAACGAGUCUCAUCUCUGGGCUACUAUGCAAUUACAACUGAUCUCCUUUGUUUUGAUCAUCUUGCACUGCAUGGAUUACACUGGUUGUCAGCAGCACAGCAGCUCCAGGCACCGGCAACAUAAACAGAUCUCUGGUGUGAGCUCGGGGUGCCAGCAGGGUGGCUGUCUGACCUGCUCUGACUACAAUGGCUGCCUGUCCUGCAAGCCGCGCUUCUUCAUGCAUUUGGAGAGGAUUGGGAUGAAGCAGAUCGGGGUGUGCAUGACUUCCUGUCCUCCAGGCUUUUACGGCACACGCUCCCCAGAAAGAAACACCUGCACAAAGUGCAGGUUGGAGUGCGACUCCUGCUUCAACAAGAACUUCUGCACACGCUGCCGAGCAGGAUUCUACCUUCACCUGGGCAAGUGCCAGGAGAACUGCCCUGAGGGGCUGGUUCGCAGUGACACGCAGAGGGAGUGUGUUCCCGGGUGCCCUGCAGAGUGUGAGUCAUGUGUGAACAGUGAGACAUGUACACACUGCCAGCCAGGCCUGUACCAGCUCAGUGGGAGGUGCCACCAUGUCUGUCCAGAGAACUACGAGCCCAGUGACAAACUCAUGGAGUGCACCCCACAAGUGCACUGCGAGGUGGGUGAGUGGAGUGAGUGGAGCCCCUGUUCUCGGUCCGGUAGAACCUGUGGCUUCAAGCGGGGCCAGGAGACCCGCACGAGGCAGGUCAUCCAGUACCCAUCACCAUUUGGUCAACCCUGCCCUGAGAUCUCAGAGAUCAAAGAGUGCCUGGUCAAGAGGAGGAAAUGUCCAGGAGGACGGAGGAAGAAUGAGCGAAGGGAACGGAGGAAUCGCAACAAUCGCAAAGAUAAGGAGAACCAAGAGGGGCGACGAGAGAGGAAGAGGGACAGGGAGCGAGAGAGGGAGCGAGACCCAGGUCAACGUGAAGACUCUGAUAACAGGAACAAAACAGAGCACAGGCACCGCAGAGGCCAUGACACAGAGCCAGUCUCCCCUGAAGGUGGCCUUCCUCAACUCCUUCACUACCACCACUGAGAGAGAGUCUCUACUGAAAACUGCAGGAGACACUGCUGAGACUGCUGCUGGGAGCCGAAGAACAAAGUGAGAAGAGUCUGUGACUGUGCAGAGGACUGGCAAACAGACGAACGGAGAGAUAAAGACGUUACACUAUGUGCUUGUUGAUAUGGUUAUUUAAUGGGGCCCUGGUACAACAUUGCGCAUCUUGGUUUUUGAAUGUAGAUUUUGCAACAUUAUGUAGAACAGUUGUUUUUAUUAUUGUUGUUCCUGUUCUUUAGAUCUCUUUAUUUUAUUUGGUGCAGAAUUUGUAAAGAAAAAAUAAAAGUGAGUUUGCUCUUGCCAUCUUGUGACAUCUUCAUAAUCACUACAAACGACAGAUGUAGGAGAACCUGCAUGCUGUGAAUCAAAGGAGUAACUUUUUUUUUAAACUGAAAACCAUUAACAUGUGUUCUGUAUGUGUUGGAUGAAAACUAGUUUUAUCCAGAUAAGUGAUAAAUCUAAUCUACCGCUGUUUUUUUCUUUUUGUGUAAAUGGAAUCUGUGCUCUCAGUAAAGCUCCUUGACUAGGAACCACAGCACCUGUAUGUCAAAUAAAACUACAGUGGGUUUGUACCUGUGUCUGUUAUCCAUUUUCUUAUCCGACAGCCAUCUUGUGCAAUCCAGUUGGAUAGGCUUAAAACCUUCUCGGAGUAAAUGGAAAGUGAAAGUCAGUACAGUAAGCAGCUACUUAUAUUGGAUUCAAAGGUUGCCAUGGCCUCAUUUGGGUCUAAAGUAUAGCUGCUGCAGGAAGUUUCAUGCUGUAAUACCUGAACACUUGUCAUAAACACUGAAAAUCCAUCUCAACAAAUGUUAUUUGGCAAUUCAGAAACAUAUACGGAGUUAACAGUAAAUAACAGUGGUGUUUUGUCCAUGACAGUAAGGAAGGUCUAUUACUUUUUCCAUAACUAUUAUGACACACAAGCAACCUGUAGUUCUUAUUGUGUAAGUCCAAAUCAACAAUUUUGAUUGUGUGUUUUUGCAGUGACAAUAGCCCCCCUUUCAAUUUCCUGCAAAAAAGUAACUGACAACUACCAUCACAUAGAUCAAUCUUCACAGCAAGAUAUAUUUUUCAGCUGAGUUGAUUCAAGUGUAUAAUUAAUUUGAAUUACUUGUUUAAUGUUAAGUUUUAUACAUUUGAACAUCUAAAAUAUUUCAGUGCUUUUAAAGUUUGUCGAUAAACCAGACUCGACAUGUGAAAUGAAGGAUGAUCACUUUGAUCUGGAUUAACCUGUUUAGUUUCGUCAGUGGUCCUAAACAUUUGGUCACCGUUUCAGUUGUACACUGUCAGGCCAAAAUAUUUUUUUGUAACA